AAAUUUUUAUACAAAAAAUAGAAAAAUAAUUUCAAUUUUUCACAAAUUCUUCUAAUUUCCUAAAAAUUCUUAAAAUAAAACCAUGUCUAAAACAAUUUACUAUCAAAAUAAUCAAUAUGCUCGUGUUAUGAAUUUAAAAUAUAAAUCAAAAUAUAAAAAAAUCAAACGAAUUAUCAAAAAUUAUGUUUUUGAAAAUGCAGCCUUAUGCGAUCAAAUAGCUCAAAUUCAAGAAGACAUCAUCAUAAGCAAAGAAGAACGCCGCUUCCUACUCAAACGCCUCAUCAAACACGAAAGUGACAUCGAAUUAACUUUGAAGCAAGAAAAUACCGCCAAUGGAGAAGUAACAACAACUCCAGUUGUUCCUAAAGUGCCAGGUAAGCGUGGUCCAAAAAAACGUAUCAAAGUUGAAGAUGAAACAUCGUCAACGACUACGACAACACCAAAACAGCCAAAGAAUUCUAGCGGCAAAGAUAAAUCAACGAAUUCAAAAAAGUCAACAGUCAUUCAAAAGGUUCCUUAUGACGCGAAUGGCAAACCUAUUUUUCCCAUCAAUUUGGGAGGAUUUGUUUUACACGCCUUGGGUGAAAUCAUGGCCGAGAAUACUAACUUUCACACAGAAAACUGGAUUUAUCCAGUUGGUUAUCUGGCAACUCGGGUCUUUUCUCAUCCAAAAGAGCCCGAACGUAAAUGUGUCUUCACUUGUAAGAUCCUCAACAACUCUGGGGUGCCUCAAUUCCAAAUAAUCCCCGAUGCCGAAUUUGAUCACGUUUUUUUCGGAGAAUCCGCCAAUAUCUGUCAUUUGGGUUUGUUGGACACAAUUGUCCGUGUUUCCGAUGUCGCCAAUCUUCCUUUGCGAGCUCAGGGAGAGCGAUUCUUUGGAUUGGGCAAUCCGACUGUGAUGUCAUUGCUGCAAGCUCAACCAAACUUUAAGAAAUUACAAAACUUUAAAGGAUUCAUUGUGGAUGGUGGCUAUGCAAUCGAAGACAAGGAUCCUACCCUCAGUUAUGAUGCACUCCAGACUAUGAUCAGCAUGUCUGCUUAUCACACUGUGCCCGAGGUCAAGGAGGAGCCUCCAGAUGAGUUACUCGAAUAAAAGAAGAAUCCCACUCAUUUAUAUAUAUUUUUUAACAUUUUGUUUUGCUUCUUCUUAGUUCAGUUUUUUUAAUUAAAACGCAUCUUUUUAUAUUUUUG